AAGUUUCCGCAGUCCUAGGCCGCCCCCAUAAGUACAUCUCGGGCGGGCAACAUACAUAUCACUCUCGGUGUUAACAGAACCCGCGCAGUCUAAACCCCUGGCACACAUGCAAGCGCACAUCUCAUCAGGUUGGCGGGAAGCCGAACCCAUCGCGGUUCACACUUGCGGCGAUGAAGGCCACGAGCUUGGCUUAAACCUGCCAUGCUUGCACCUCCUCGCAUUUUCAUUCCUGAGAUCCUUUCGACACUAUUUCGAUAAUUGCUUCUGCACACAAUCAGUUACAGGCUUUUGGUAGGUAGUGUUCUACAAAAUCGGACUUCACGUCAGCACUACGGCCCGAAGAUGGAGACGGACAGUGAUAGAAAACCGAGCGCCACACCCAAGACAACCGCCGUGGCUAUGGGGGCACCAUUGGACCACACCGAAAUGAGCGAUGUGGAGACUCUUUCCGCAGUAAUAGGAACACCGCCGGAGAUGGUGGACGGAGUCGACUGGGCCUAUAACUUCCAGGUCAAGUUCCAGCCCCUCCUGCCCUUCGACACAGACAGCUGCUACAACGUCCUCGCUCUGGACAACCACGGCACCGCGUCCGAAGGGUUUGAGCCCUCAUCCGACAACGUCUACAUCCGGGGCCGCUGCAACCGCGGCUGGUGCGCCCUCGUCUACGCCUACGACUUCCAGAUGGACUGGGCCUGGGCCUGGCCCUUCGGCAGCUACAACCAUCGCCACAACUGGGAGCACGUAGUGGUCUGGGCCAAGAUGGGCCAGGUGCGCAGCGUGUCGGUCUCCUGCCACGGCGACUACGAGAGCCGCGUGGCCGAGGACGACAGGCUCCGCUUCGGCUACACGCCCAAGGAGUUCCCCUACUACACCUCGAUGCCGACGCCCGCAGCCACGCACCCCAAGGUCGUGUUCCACAAGGAUAACGUCCGCACGCACUGCUUCCGCUUCGCCAAGGACAGUAACGACUACGAGGGCCAGGAGAACGACCAGGGCGUGUGGAUCUGCAGCGGCCUGGUGGGCAUGCUGAUGAUGCCUACGGAUUGGGUCGAGAAAUUCAGGUCUCACGACUGGGGCAGUGCGUACCUCGCCUGGGCCAAGGAGGACGACUUUACUGGGCACCUUAUCGAGACGAUGCCGCAGGAGGCGAGAGACGAUGAAUUUGAUUGUACCUAUAAGUAA